AUGAUAAUAGCUAGUCUUCCUUUAAGAAGAUUUUUCACAAUGCAAGAAACGCAAUUACUCAAAAUAUUAGAAUAAAAUAAAUUUUAGGGAACAUGGAAGUCUAUGAAUCAAAGUGAAAAUCAAUUUAAUUUUUUUAAUGAUGUAUAGGAAGGAAAUGUUGAAAUAAAAUUUAAUGAUAAAAAUUUUUUCUUAUAAAAUUAUGUCACAUUUAUAUUCUAGAAUUCCCAAUAUAGAGAAAAUAAAAAUGUAAUAGUUAAAAUUCCUUUACAAAAUUAUAAUGAUUCAUUAAUGUAUAAUAUAUAUCGUUUUUAGGUAUUGGUCAAGCACCACUAAUUUGGAUUUAAAAGGGGAAGAAAGAUUUAGAAAUGUAUGGGAAGAGGAUUGUCUAAUUUAAUAUAUAAUUCUUGUAGAGUUUACUGAUAAAAUAUAUGAUGCAAUGCAUUCUUAGAUUAAUGUUUAUUUUAAAUCGUAAACCUCUUCUAAACAUUGCAAUUUUUCAAUAAUAUCUUCUAGUAACUUAAAAGUAGAUGAAAAUAAAAAUUUUACUUGGUAUUAUUGUACUAUUUUAAUUUUGCUUCUUAUACAACUUGUUGUGGCUGGAAUUUUAGCAUUUAGGAUAAUAAAGUAUAACUAUAUAUUGAAAAAAGUAUUAAUUUAAUAAACUAUAGAUAUAGUCUUUUUAUUUAAUU